AUGACUGACGGAAUGUCGUCCUCUCACACCCAACUCGCCUCCGCCUCCUCCGCCUCCGCCUCCCCCGCGAAGCUCUGCUCCAAGACCUACAAGAAAGCUUCCCAACUCUACCUCACGCGACGUCUACCGGAGUCGCUUGCUUCACUGCAACCGAUCAUCACCGUCCCGGCAUCCCAAGAUGAACAUCUCACCAAUGGCGAUCAUUCCGCCGCGGUUGCGCCGAUCGCCACCGCCCCCAGCACGUGGAGGAUUAAGGUCUGGAAUCUCUACAUUACGCUCCUCAGCGCAAUUGUAGAUCUCGGUGCAGAGGAGGGAAAGACCCAAUUUGGUCAGAAAGAGUGGAAAGCGAUCGCGACACAAGUACGCGAAGGUGGCAUCUGGGAAACCGUUGUGCAGGUCGGAUACCGGAGCCGGGAAGGCUCCGUGGACGCCGAGGUUGUCUACAACUUGGCCACUCUUAUUCUGAACCACUCUUCCUCCCAGUCACUCAACCAACAACGUCUCGAGACCUACCUGUCAUCCUAUGGGCAACCCAACCUAGAUCUCGCAGAUCGUCUUCAGGAUGCAUCAGAUGGGAUUCAGCAGCACCGCAUACCCACUGGCAAUGGAACCGACACUCCGAAGGAUCUGGCUGCCCGAGUACGGAUCAUCGAGUUGUUCACUCUGCACGUGCUGCCUCGGAACGAAGAGUGGGAGUAUGCACAAGAAUUCAUCAAUCUGAGCGAGGUUUUGGAUGAGGAGCGGAAAGAGCUCUUCCUCCAAACACUAGAGGGCUUGAAGGAAGAAAAGGAACGAGGUGAAAUGCGUGCGGCCGAGCUUCAACGCCAGAAAGAUGCAGAACUUGAGCGCCAGCGUGAUGACGAGCGUCGGCAAGCCGAGGAAGAAGCCGCGAAAGCAGCAGCCGCCCAAACAAAUGGCCACAAGCGCAAUACGAGUGAAGUGGACUACGGGAUUGAGAAAGGUAGCCCACGCAGCAAGGCCAAGGGGUCUAAACCGUCAGACAAGCCAACGCCGAGCGGCAAAUCUAGCUCCCGGACAGCCCUCUCCUCGUCAAACUCCAAAGGCUCAAAGAAGCAGGUCAAACCCGAAUCUCGAAGCCAAACGCGGGCUGCGGCGACCAUGCUGCGCAAUCUGUUCAAGAAGAUUAUUCAAAGCGUGUCUGGCAACCCGCUUUCAAUAGCACGUACCUUGCUCUUUGUACUUGGUAUCCUAAUGGCUAUGAGCCGGCAGGACGUGCGCGAACGAGUUCGACGGAUCACGGGCUCGGCGUGGCAGAAGGUUAAGGGUACCGUUGGAAUGGGUGUGAAAGUGAGCUAUAUCUGA